AUGGGUCAACCAGUUGAAGAAACCCCCCAUGUCUCGGGGCAAUCCAACACGCCAAUGACGGCACCUGCUCAUGCUCUCACAUUUGAACAGGCUGCUCAAGAGCUUGGAGCCAACCUCGAUGAUGGCUUGACUGAAGAAGAGUCCAAGAGGCGCCUUGAAACUAAUGGCCGAAACGAAUUCGGCGAACAGGAAGGUGUUCAGCCCCUCAAGAUCUUUAUUGGACAGAUUGCAAAUGCCCUCACUCUAGUUCUCAUCCUUGCUAUGGCUGCUUCAUUCGGCAUUCAGUCGUGGAUUGAGGGUGGUGUAGUUACUGCUGUCAUUGUGCUUAACAUCGUUGUUGGUUUCUUCCAAGAAUUCCAAGCCGCCAAGACCAUGGAUUCACUUCGUUCUCUUAGCUCCCCAACUGCUCAUGCUGUCCGCAACGGUAUCAAUCAGGUUGUGGUAACGGCUGAGAUUGUCCCUGGUGACAUGGUUGAGCUCAAGAUUGGUGAUACCAUUCCUGCUGAUCUUCGUCUCGUGGAAGCUAUCAACUUUGAAACGAACGAAGCACUUCUUACUGGCGAAUCCCUCCCCGUGCGAAAGGAGAUCAACAAAAUCUUUCCUGAGGAUACCGGCCCCGGCGAUCGGCUCAAUGUUGCUUAUAGCUCUUCAACUGUGACAAAGGGUCGAGCGCGUGGUAUUGUUUUUGCAACCGGAAUUUAUACGGAAAUUGGUCAGAUUGCUGUGGCUCUUCGUGGCAAGUCUUCUAAACGUCGACAGCCCAAACGGGACGCUGAGGGUAACACCAACGCUGGUCGCUGGAUGCAGGCAUGGACUUUGACAUGCUCCGAUGCUGUCGGUCGAUUCCUUGGUGUCAAUGUUGGAACUCCCCUUCAGCGCAAGCUCUCCAAGUUGGCUAUUCUCCUUCUUGGAACAGCUAUUGUCUGUGCCAUUAUUGUGUUGGCCGCCAACAACUUCAGGAACCAGAAAGAGGUUAUCAUCUAUGCUGUGGCGACUGGUCUAUCUAUGAUCCCUGCAUCCUUGAUCGUUGUACUUACUAUCACAAUGGCUGCUGGUACUAAGAGAAUGGUCCAGAGACAUGUCAUAGUCCGUAAUUUGAAGAGUUUGGAAGCUCUGGGUGCGGUGACCAACAUCUGCUCUGACAAGACCGGAACCCUGACGCAAGGUACCAUGAUUGUCAAAAAGGCCUGGAUCCCUGGACGCGGCACUUACUCUGUCGGUGCUACCAACGAACCCUUCAACCCUACCCUUGGAGACAUCACCAUCACAGAAGACCAACCCAAGAACAUCAACUUCCAAAAUGAAAAGGCUGAAGGGACAUCAAUUGAUGCUGUUGCUCAAACCUCUCAAGACCCGGGAUUGGUCGAGUACCUGAAUGUCGCAUCACUCGCCAAUCUUGCAACUGUUCAUGAAGUUGACGGCGAGUGGCAUGCCCGCGGAGAUCCAACUGAAAUCGCCAUGCAAGUAUUCGUGUCUCGAUUCAACUGGAAUCGUAUGCGACUGUCAGCUGGCGAGAACGCACGCUGGCAUCAAGUUGCCGAAUUCCCAUUUGACUCGGAUGUCAAGAAGAUGUCCGUCAUCUUCAAUGAUGCCGAAUCUCAGAAGCAGUGGGUAUUUACCAAAGGCGCUGUGGAGCGUGUCUUGACUUCAUGCCCUCACUAUGCUGCCGGUAAUGAGAUCCUGGAACUCACCGACGCUAUCAAGGACGAGGUGAUCAGCAACAUGGAAUCAUUGGCUCGACUUGGUUUGAGAGUCCUCGCUUUGGCUAGUCGAACCGACAUUAAGCACGUCGAUGACAACGAAGCCGAACUAGACCGAGCAAUCUUCGAGAACGAUCUUGUCUUUCGUGGACUUAUCGGCUUGUAUGACCCCCCUCGACAAGAGUCAGCACCCUCGGUCAAGAAAUGUCACGAAGCCGGUAUCAGCGUUCAUAUGCUUACUGGUGACCACCCUGAAACUGCUCGAGCUAUUGCUUUGGAAGUCGGAAUUUUGCCCAGCAGAAUGGCGGAUCUCCCUAGCGACGUUGCCAAGGUCAUGGUAAUGGCAGCAUCUGAGUUUGACAGGCUGUCGGAUGAUGAGAUUGAUGAACUUCCACUAUUGCCUCUAGUUGUCGCUCGCUGUGCCCCCCAGACCAAAGUCCGUAUGAUCGAGGCUCUCCAUCGCCGCAAAGCCUUUGUUGCUAUGACCGGCGAUGGUGUCAACGACUCACCCAGUUUAAAGCGUUCUGAUGUUGGUAUUGCUAUGGGUCUGGCUGGAUCUGAUGUUGCCAAGGAAGCUUCCGACAUUGUCUUGACUGAUGAUAAUUUCGCAUCCAUUCUCAACGCCGUCGAGGAAGGUCGACGAAUGUUUGAUAACAUUCAAAAGUUCAUUCUGCACGUUUUGGCCGAGAACAUUGCCCAAGCCUGCACACUUCUGAUCGGCCUUGCUUUCAAGGAUAAGAGCGGACUAUCAGUGUUUCCCCUGACUCCCGUUGAGAUCUUGUGGAUCAUCAUGAUCACAUCUGGUAUGCCUGAUAUGGGUCUAGGCUUUGAGAUUGCAGCUCCAGAUAUUAUGCAGCGUCCUCCUCAAAACUUGAAACAAGGUGUCUUUACGCCUGAGCUACUCAUUGAUAUGGUAGUCUACGGCCUUUGGAUGUCUGCUCUUUGCCUCGCCUCAUUUGUUCUCGUACUGUACGGCUUCGGAAACGGUGCCGCCGACAUUGGAGAGAACUGUAACAACACUUACAGCGAGGAGUGCAAGGUCAUUUUCCGUGCCCGUUCUACAACCUUUGCAUGUUUGACCUGGUUUGCGCUGUUCCUUGCAUGGGAGAUGGUCAAUAUGCGAAGGUCGUUUUUCCGAAUGCAACCCAAGAGCAAAAAGUACUUCACCCAGUGGAUUCACGAUGUAUGGAGGAACCCAUUCUUGUUCUGGGCUAUCAUUGCUGGCUUUGUCACCAUGUUUCCUAUCAUCUACAUCCCAGGACUGAACACAGUCGUCUUCAAGCAUGCUCCCAUCUCAUGGGAAUGGGGUAUUGUCUUUGUUGAAGCUGUGCUCUUUUUCUUUGGUAUCGAGGCGUGGAAAUGGGCCAAGCGUAUUUAUUACCGCCGUCAAGCUCGCAAGUCAGUAGGUGGUGUUACUGAUCUUGACAGUCGUGUCUUUGGCAAGUACUUCACUAUGGCUGGUGAUAGCAACGAUGAGGAGAGCAGAGGUGGGGAGAGAGAAAAGAGUGUUCAAUGA